AUGUUCCAUGCUACUUGUUCAGUUCUCGACACUAUCUCAAAGGAUGGAACCAACUAUUCUCAGCGCGGUGAUGCUGAAGCGGCUUAUAUGGUAUUAACAUCAUUUGAAUUUAUUUUGAUAUUACAUUUGAUGAAAGAGAUUAUGGGAUUUACUAAUUGUCUUUGUCAAACUUUGCAACAAAAUUCUCAAGACAUUUUAAAUGCCAUGAAAUUGGUUUCAACUACAAAAUCACUUCUUCAGAAUUUGAGAAAUGAAAAGUGGGAGCAUUUCCUUGAUACUGUUAAAUCAUUUUGUGAAAAAAAUGAAAUUGAUGUUCCUGAUAUGAAUGCUCGUUACACUAGAGCUCGAGGUAGAUCAUGUCGCCAAAAUGAAGAAUCUUUCAUGACAAUGGAGCAUCAUUUUAGAAUUGAUGUAUUUAUUGCUGCAAUAGACUUCCAAUUGCAAGAACUGGAUAAUAGAUUUAGUGAGCAUACAGUGGAACUUCUUCGUCUUAGUGCCGCUUUAAGCCCUCAAGAUGCAUACAAAUCAUUUAAGAUCGAUGAUAUAUGCAGCUUAGUUGAGAAGUUCUAUCCUCAAGAUUUUACCGAGCAAGAGAAAAUCAUUUUGAGAUUUCAAUUGGAUCAUUAUAAGCUUGAUGUGCCAAAACAUUCAGAUUUUCAGAAUAUGUCCACUUUAUCUGAGUUGUGCAGAGGAUUAGCAAUUUCAGGAAAAUCAAAGAUUUAUAAUUUGAUUGACAGGUUGAUUCGUCUAGUGUUGACUCUCCCUGUUUCUACCGCUACUACUGAACGAGCAUUUUCUGCCAUGAAACUUGUAAAAACUAGAUUACGUAGCAGAUGGAAGAUGAGUUUCUAG